AUGUUAUCAGGAAACUUAGCUAUCAAGACGUUUAGACACUCGUAUGUCACCAGAACGUCGACGAAGUUCGCUUCUGCAGCUGUUUCGAGAAAUACUCAACCUAUUAUGGAUCAUCAAACUCAGGAUUCCAAAUUUCAGUACGAUGAAUUGUUUGAAAACGAAAUCAUGAAGAAGAGAAAGGAUAAAUCGUAUAGAUUUUUCAAUAAUAUCAACAGAUUGGCUCAUGAAUAUCCUUUGGCUCAUCGUGCCAAGGAAUCCGAUAAAGUUACAGUAUGGUGCUCGAAUGAUUAUCUUGCUCUCUCCAAAAAUGAAGAGGUUUGUAAUGCUAUGAUCAAAUCUAUUGAGAAAUAUGGUGCAGGUGCAGGUGGUACAAGAAAUAUUGCUGGUCACAACAAACUAACAAUUAAUUUAGAAAGUGAAUUGGCUACUUUGCAUAAGAAAGACGCUGCUUUAGUGUUCUCCUCCUGUUUUGUAGCAAAUGAUGCUGUCUUAUCCUUACUGGGCCAAAAAAUGCCGGAUUUAGUCAUUUUUUCUGAUGAACUAAAUCAUGCAUCAAUGAUUAUUGGUAUUAAACAUGCAAACGUCACAAAACAUAUCUUUAAACAUAAUGAUUUAAAUGAAUUGGAAGAAAUGUUGAAAAUGUACCCGCGUUCAAGACCUAAAUUGAUCGCAUUUGAAAGUGUCUAUUCUAUGGCAGGUUCUGUCGCAGACAUUUCCAAGAUUUGUGAUCUUGCUGAAAAAUACGGUGCUUUAACUUUCUUGGAUGAAGUUCAUGCUGUGGGUCUUUAUGGACCACAUGGUGCUGGUGUUGCAGAACAUUGUGAUUUCGAACAACAUCGUGUCAAUGGUAUCAAUAAAUUGAAAACUGUUAACGUCAUGGAUCGUGUUGACAUGAUCACAGGUACACUUGGUAAAUCAUUUGGUACUGUUGGUGGUUACGUUGCCGCAUCUCAAAGAUUGAUUGAUUGGGUUAGAUCGUAUGCACCAAAUUUCAUCUUCACAACAACAUUACCUCCUUCCGUUAUGGCGGGUGCGGCCACUGCCAUCAGAUAUCAGAGAUCAAAUAUUGAUUUAAGAAUUCAACAACAGAAACAUACCAAAUAUUUGAAGGAUGGUUUACGUAGAUUAGAUAUUCCAGUGAUUCCAAAUCCAUCACAUAUUGUACCGAUUUUGAUUGGUAAUCCUGAUUUAGCCAAGCAAGCUUCUGAUAUUUUAAUGAAUAAACAUAAGAUUUACGUACAAGCCAUUAAUUUCCCCACUGUCGCUAGAGGUACAGAGAGAUUAAGAAUCACGCCAACACCAGGUCAUACUGAUGAUCUUUCUGAUAUUUUAUUGGAAGCCAUUGAUGAUAUUUUCAAUGAAUUACAAUUGCCAAGAAUUAAAGAUUGGGAAAGACAGGGUGGUAUAUUAGGUAUUGGAGAUUCAAAUUUUGUUGCAGAACCUAAUUUAUGGACAGAGAGUCAAUUGGAAUUGACAAAUGAUGAUCUCAAUCCCAAUGUUAAGGAUCCAGUGAUUAAUGAAGUCGCUGUUUCCAGCGGUAUAGAAAUAGAGUGA